AUGUAUCAGCCCGAAUCUGCAGCGUACAUAUCUCUCUCGACGGGAUAUGGUAAUGCACACGGACUUCCCGACUACACAUUCGAACAGACAUCAAUAGGUGGAGGUGGUGGUAGUGGUGGUAGUCUUGGACGUGGAGGCGGCGGCAGUGGUUCAGGUGGAUACACUGCCGUUGGGGGCGGCCCGGAAGCGGCCGUUACAGCAGCAGGUGCCGCCGCUGUUGGGUCAGCAAUAGCUGCCCCUGGAACCACUGGGGCAAUCUUCAGUCCAGGUCCAGCCGGGCCCAGGGGCAGUAUCAGCGGUAACAGCGUCAGCGGCCCCGCAUCCCGACCCUUGUUCACAACCCACGCGGGCAACUCGUUCCAUCCCCAUCACACCAGCAGCCACGGCGGGCACAGCCAACACCAUCAACACCAACAGUCGCACAGCCCGCUCUCAUACGUCUCGCAUUCGCUCUCUCCCAGCGUUGGCGGCAGCACAAGCCCCUCCUCGCCAGCUUCCAUUUCACAACUUCCCCCACAGCAGCAGCAGCAGCAACAUCAUCUUCAUCAUCUUCAUCAUCAACAACAACAGCAAUACCAGCACUCCCGAUUUGAUUCUCAAGUACCGCGGUAUCAAUCACCGUCGUCCAUCCAUCAACAACACCACAUUAAAAUGGAAGCAACCGGCGACGAUCAUAGCGACCUGGCCGCAGCCCAAGGGUACCAGGAGUACCAGCCUGAGCUCAAUGGUCUUCCUGUUGGCGACAAAUUACCAAGCACAGCCAUCACGGAAGAAUACGCCAAAGCCGAUCCCGUCUAUGUCCAGAAAACAAGGUCCUUGCCCGCGGUAUACUCCCAUUACCGUCCAAUGCUGGGGGAUGGCAACUGCGGCUGGAGAGCAAUCGGCUUUGGCUACUUUGAGACCCUCAUCAAGCUCGGCAACAAGGCCCAGGUGGAUGGUGAGAGAGAGCGUCUAGAGAGCCUUAAUGAGUACAUCCAGCACCACGGUGGCUUUGACCCUAUGGUAUUCGUGGAUUUUGUCGAGGAAACAGAUGAGCUCCUGAAGAGAAUUUCGGACAAGCUCAAUGUCCCCGAGGAAGCCAUGGAUGAAGUUAUGCACGCCUUCACUGAUGCAGAAAAAUCCAACGCCAUCAUCUACCACCUUCGCCUGCUCGCAAGUUCCUGGCUCAAAGAGAAUCGCGGCAGUCACGAGGCCUUCAUCACUACGGAUGACAGUGUUGAAAAAUUCUGUCAGCGUGUGAUCGAGGUACCCAAUAUUGAGAUCGACCAACUGGGCUUGCAGGCACUGGUCAGCAUACUUCUGAAGCCCGUUGGUUUCGUCUUGAGAAUCGCUUAUCUGGACCGUAGCCCUGGCUCCGAGGUCAACACCUACAGCUUCCCCGAAGAGGCAAUCAGCCAGCCGGCAUCUCCCCUUGACCCCGUCAUCUGCUUACUUUACCGGCCCGACCACUACGACAUACUCUACCCCGUGGACCCAACGCCUCCGCCCGCGCCUAUGAACAUCCAGAUUUUCCGAGCCACCAUCCCCCAGUAUGAAAUCACAUCUGCUCCGCCAUUCACAGCCGCGGGAGAUUACGACCUCCUUGCAGCACUGCCAGGCUUCAGCUCCUCUCCCUCGCCACUUGGGGCACUGGGCGUUGGGCUUGGGCCAUCGCUUGGCUCGCCGCUUGCGCCGUUCACCCAAGCCCCGACACCAUCUUGGAUGUCUGCCCCUUUCGGAACGGAAUCACUUCAGCCAGUCACCACCCCCCUACCCAUCGCCGCAGCGGCUCCUCCACCGCCACCACCUCAGCAGACGCAUCCGUUGAGGUUUAGCGAAUACUGCCAGAUGCCCGAGUAUGUUGAGAACGACACGUGGCGCGAACCGACGUUCCAGACGUCGACAUUUAGAAACAGUCACUUCAACGUCGCGCAUUACAAUAACCCCAACUUCCAACCGGAGGAGUACAAACCGGAGAAUGACGAGUACGAUCCACCACCAAGGAGCGGGCGGAAGAGAGGGAGUGUAUAGAUGACUCACUAUGGUGAGGACGAGCAUUACGGCUGAAUCUGAGAGGCCGUGAAGGCAUAUACAACAGGGCCUCGAAGAGGUGCUUACCCCAUUCCACUUUACAACCGGAACUGGACGAAAAUAUUGCGCUUUUUCUGGGGUUUUAAUGACGGCGGCCUGCAUCAGGGGAGUUUGGGUAUUCAUAUCGCAUUUUUUUCUUCCUUUUUUCUGUUUCUUCUUUCACAAAGGUCAGAGGCAACAGGGUUAUACACCGGAGUUUGAGAAAGAGAAAGAGAGGGUGAGAGAGAGGCGAGACUUUCAAGAAAAAGCGACGAGCGUUCUUUUUGAGGAGCUUAGCUGGCGCAAUGUUACUUUCUAUGACUACUGUUCCACGCUGUAUGUCUAACCUCGUGGUUCUUCAACGUUCGGUCAUCGACACUUGCUUUGCCGUUCAUUUAAAAUUUGCUGCGCAAAGAAAUAAGUUGGAAGAUGAGCAUAAACCAGCCACCUGGUUCUCCUACAGUAUGGUAGGCAUGGCAGCAUGCCACAACCGUCAUGUCUGACGAUCAUGUAACGCGAGUCCAAUAUCAACCAACUGACCACCAAUCGGUACAAACCCCCUAAAACAAAAGUCCAUCUGGCAUAGAUGUACAAAGAUUUUUCUGGAAUCAUAUAUACGAGAAAGGACGACCAUCAGAGGAGUGAGUGCUGCAAUCAACUGCCGUAAGCGCUACAGAGUCUUGUGUGUAUGUAUGUAACCAGUGGACAAAUCUCCAAUGGGAGGAGUGACAC